UCGUGAAUGUUGGUAUAUUUACGACAUGUCUAACAUACAGGAACGCUUAGACAGUGUUUACAGAUGGAUGCUGAAAGGAUGUACCGAAACAGUUCACAGCUGAAUGUCAUGAGGUUGCAGUUGGGCGGGUCUUCAGUGAGGAUUACAUUUAUUGUUGCCCAAAUAUUCUUGGUUCUGCCCUGUUGCUAGGAGACCUUUGACAGUUGGGGUUUAAAAGUGAUUGUGGACGGACUCGAGACCAAAGCUCUCUAAUCUGCAUUUAGUGACAGCUUUUCUUUGGGUUCGUGACGCAAUUAACCUGUCAAAACAAUAUUAAUAAUAGACAAUAUAUCAUCCGCCUACAGGUUAUUAUUGUUAUUUUUAGCAAUGUAACCUACGCGUUGAUUUUAACGCGACGGUACCUAACUGUCAUUCAGUCACCUUUAGUUUGAUGGAUUAAGGGUGGACUCUGGUAAAGUAGUCUGCUGGCUGAAGGUCAUUUUGUAAUCAGAUCAAUAUCUGCUGGGAUGGCUCAGACACAAUGGGCCAGUAGGCUCCAGUGAGUCCUGCUUCAGAUCACCUACUCUCUGCCUUAACACCAUUUGACCAUCACAUGAGGCUCUAUGAGAGGAGCUGCACAGUCUGAUUUUGGAUCAGAAUGAACUUUGCCUGUAGCUGUUUUGUAUCCAAACACCUUGUGCAUCAAUAGGAGUGCUGCACAUGCUCAGUCGGGCCUGUUUGGUGUUUUGUAGUAUCAACAGGAAGCACUCCUUCCUCCGCCUCUUCCUCUCUCCUCCAGGAGCAUGCCCUCUGAGCCUCCUCCCAGCUCUCAGGACAUGCUGACAGGACAGAGGCUGUGUCAAUCCAAAUCCCACCAGGACUCUGUCCUCUCUGCCCUUAAUCAGCAGCGGAAGGACGGACUGCUCUGCGAUGUCACCCUGGUCGCCGGGGAACAGAAGUUCCAUGCUCACAAGGCAGUCCUGGCAGCCUGCAGCGAUUACUUCCGGGCCAUGUUCAGUCUGUGUAUGGUUGAGAGCGAGGCAGAUGAGGUAACUCUCCAGGGUGUGACGAGCGUCGGACUGAAGCACGCACUGGACUUCGCCUACACAGGCCAGAUCAUGCUGGAGCCAGGAGUGAUACAAGACGUCCUGUCUGCUGGAAGCCACCUUCAGCUGCUGGAAUUGCUCAGCCUCUGUUCCCACUAUCUCAUUCAGGAGCUGAACAGUUUUAACUACCUGGACCUAUACAGGCUGGCAGACCUCUUCCACUUGCCGGCCCUGGAGGAAGCAGUGGUGGGCUUUCUGGUGGAUCACCUCUCUGAGCUGCAGAAGAACAGACAAGAGGAAGUGUUGCUCCUACCUUAUCGGCUCCUCAGGGAAGUGCUAAAAAGCGACCGGCUCACCUCUCUCAGUGAGGAGGAGAUAUGGCAGUUAUUGGUGCGUUGGCUGGAGCACGACUGCAGAUACCAGUACAUGGAGGAACUGCUGCAACACGUGCGCUACGGCCUGAUGGAGGUCUCCGCCCUGCACCGUGUGGCCAGCAGUCACCCCUUCCUCAACUCCAGCAGCACUGUCGCCGCCCUGGUGGAGGAGGCGUUGGACUACCACCGGUCUGUAUUUGCACAGCCUUUACGUCAGACGGCCCGCACAACGCCUCGCUUUCAGUCACUAACUUUAUAUAUCAUCGGCGGGCGCAAACGGGAGGUCAGCCGCGUACGGGAGUUGCGGUUCUUCAACCCUGCCGCGCAGGAGCACACGCGUGUCGCCGGGGGUUCGAACUGGAGUGAGUUAGCACCCAUGCCUGCUGGACGAAGUCACCACUGCGUGGCUGUCAUGGGCAACUUCCUGUUCGUGGCUGGCGGAGAGGUGGAACACGCCACUGGAAGGACAUGUGCGGUGAGGACGGCAUGUCGGUACGAUCCGAGGGUGAACCGCUGGACUGAUAUUGCACCAAUGAAGGCGUGCAGGGAGCACUUUGUGCUGGGAGCUCUGGGACAGUAUCUCUAUGCCGUAGGGGGGAGGAACGAACUAAGGCAGGUUCUACCCAGUGUGGAGCGCUACUGCCCCAAGAGGAACAAGUGGACUUAUGUGCAACCUUUUGACCGUUCGCUGUCCUGUCAUGCAGGAUGUGUGGCUGACGGGCUGCUCUGGGUCUCAGGUGGUGUCACUAACACAGCUCAGUACCAGAAUCGACUGAUGGUGUAUGACCCAGGACAGAAUCAGUGGCUAGCGCGUAGUCCCAUGUUGCAGAGGAGGGUGUACCAUGUGAUGGCAGCAGUCAAAAGGCAGCUGUAUGUGCUUGGGGGGAACGAUCUAGACUACAACAAUGACCGCAUCCUGGUUAGACACAUCGACUCUUAUGACAUGGACAUGGACCAGUGGACACGCUGCUCCUUCAGUCUCCUCACAGGCCAAAAUGAGGCAGGAGUAUCUGUCCAUGAUGACAGAAUAUAUGUAGUUGGUGGAUAUUCCAUCUGGACAAAUGAACCCCUUGCUUGCAUUCAGGUGCUAGAUGUGAGCACCAAGGGUAAAGAGGAGGUUUUUUAUGGGCCGACGCUCCCGUUCGCUUCAAAUGGAGUGGCGACGUGUUUCUUGCCUGCACCGUACUUCACCUGCCCCAACCUACAGACCCUACAAGUGCCACAUCAUAGGAUAGGGGCUCUCUAACCUCCCCACUCAUUACUCAUUGAGGAUAUUCCCACAAACACACUAUGAACCAGUGGAAUCAUGUAAGAGCCUAUUGUACUCCCACAAAUUGUGACAGGAGGAUGCAGUGGAGUCAUCGUUGAUCAUACAUUGAUCAUGUAGAGCCAAUAUGAAAUGUUCUGAUGGAUGUGGAAACAUUCAAAAAGAAGUUGUUUUUUUGAUUGUCAAGCUUGACUGGCGUUCAUGCAUUUCUGAACUGGAUAUGCUAUGGUGCUGCAGCAUGCUUAUCCAGUUUAACAAGCAGUGUGUAAAUCUGUCUGAAUGAUUAAGAGACACUUUAUGGCCCAGACCCAAAUGGCACACUUGAUGUGAACCUCUAAAAGACUGUAGGUUGUCCCAUUUGUCAUUUUAACAUUCAAAAAGGUGUUCAUACCACACAGUCAACUUUUACUCAACAAUCCAUGCAGAAUUACAUCUAAGGAAAAACGCAAGUGCAUUUGGGACAGGGCGGAAGUGCGAGGGAUUUCAUAGAUUCAAUCCACUCUCCACUCCGACCUUAAUGUUCUGCAACAUUGUUGUACUUUCUAUCAAAACUCAGGAUGAAGACUGUAUUGUUUACUGAAUGUGUAUCAUCACAGCUGACGACAAAUACACACACAGCAUCUUCACAAUCUGCGUCAACAGUGGCAUCUUGACUGUUCUCCAUCCUUCCACCAAAAACUGCCCAUUCCAUAAGAAAACAUGUAAGGGCACACUUUUUUUACAUAAUGUCUAUAAUAAAUUUAUGCAGUUGUGCAAUGAU